AUGCCAAGAAAACGCAAAGGGGCUGAUUUGAGCCGCAGUACAAGUAAAGCUCGAAACUUGCGAAAUAACAGAUCCGAAAGCACAAAAGAACAAAUCCAGCAACAAAAUACUGAUGCACGUGUCAGAAUGGCGCAAUUGCAUCAAGAAGAGCCAGAAGAUACACGAGCUGAACGCAAUGAAGUCAGAAGAUUAAAACAACGACAAUCACCCCGCUUCACAGUCAAAAGACGAAGAACAAAUGAUCAACAACGACAACAGGUACAUCGAGCAUUUAUAUCUGAUUCAUUACCGCGUCUAGCAUUCCAAUUGGCAUUUGCAAUGACUAUCAACAAAUCCCAAGGUCAAACGAUGUCUGUUUGUGGAUUAGAUUUGAGAACACCAUGUUUUUCACACGGACAAUUAUACGUGGUGUGCUCUCGAGUGGGUAAACCAUUGUAG